AUUGUUUUGUCUGACCAGAGUUUUAUGAGUUUAGUUUCUCUGGGACUGUAGGCUGUAGCCAAGGUGGCUCAAAAUUUGAAUGUUGCAUUUGAAGCAUAGGUGAAAACAAAGUUACCAGCUAUUUUGAUAUCAUUUUCUUGGUGCUACCUUUUUGUGUAGCAUGAAAACGAGGUCCCCUCAUGUUUAUAAUCUGUUCCUGCUCCUUGUUUAUCCCUCCAGCUGUACUUCCUGAAUUAAGGUCUAGUUUUCUUCUACCCAUUUAUGUGGUAUGAACUUAAUCAACAAUGUGACGUUAAAAUGAUUUGUCUUCUCAAGCCUUGGAAGAUUAAUUGGGACCAUGCUUCAUUACUCUAUUUGAUCCCUUUAUUUAAUGCUUCACACUCCUUAGUACAUCCUGUACACUCUUCAUCAUCAAUUUGAUGUUGAGAUCAAUACAUUGUUUGACCUCUUUCCCCGCCAACCAACUACGUCAUUUUGUGAAUCAUCAAACUGUUUAUUUAUUCAUUAAUCAUACUUCCACAUGCCUAUUACACCCUCUUUUUAAGUAACAUUUUUACUUAUAUGCUAUCCUUAUUUUCAUUCACACUCUAUGACAGCAUUCAGUUAGAGAAUGCGGUUCAUUUUAGUUAUCAUUAUUGUCUCAGAAUGGAAUCUCCUCACUUUUACUGUAAAGAACUAAAAUUUCCCUCCACUCAAUUUUGUAGCAAGUUUUCUAUUGGACAACUUUGCGUGUGUGAAUAAAUUGCUCACUGUUUCCAAGUAGUACUAUUUGGCCACAAAUUUUCGAUAGUUCAAAGCAAGAAGAAGGGAGGUGCUAAAAAAGAAGCAAACGAAACGGGGAAUAUCGGAAGCCGGAGAAGGAGGCGGCGCCACCAAAAAGGGAAAGACAAAAACAACUAUUUUUCAACUCCCCCUCAUUAUCACCAACCUGGAUCCUUUCCACCACCACCUUACGUUUACCACGACAAAACUGUCAUCGUCAAGAAUGAUGCCAUUAAUAUUCGGAAGGAGAGUCUUUGCAUGGAGCUUGAUGUGACCAACCUUUGCUGUUUUUUUCUCACUUUCACCCUUGAUGCCACAGCUGACGAAUGAUGUUGCAAAGAGUCACAACCAAAGCAUAUAUUCAUGGUGGUAAGCAAGCUAGGACAAAACAAUCCAAAUAGCUGGAGCAUCGUCUCCAAGUUUCCAAACGGUUCGGUUAAACAGAGAUGAUGGAGACCGAAUGCGUGAGAGUAGCAGUGAAUAUACGUCCAUUGAUUACGUCGGAGCUUCUUCACGGUUGCACAGAUUGUAUUUCAGUUGUCUCCGGUGAACCUCAGGUGCAUAUAGGAUCACAUUGUUUCACGUAUGAUUAUGUGUAUGGUAGCACGGGGUCACCUUCCUCUUCAAUUUACGACGAUUGUGUGGCUCCGCUUGUUGAUGCACUGUUCCAUGGAUAUAAUGCUACAGUUCUUGCUUACGGUCAGACGGGCUCCGGGAAAACAUACACGAUGGGCACCGAUUAUAAUAAAGAGGUGAGUAGUGGUGGAAUUAUACCCAGGGUAAUGGAUACCAUAUUUGACAGAAUUAAGGCUACAGCAGAUUCCACAGAAUUCUUUAUCAGAGUAUCAUUUAUUGAGAUAUUCAAAGAAGAGGUUUUUGAUUUGCUUGAUUCUAGUACAUCUAAAGGAGAGGCCACAUCUACGACAAAGGUUGCUGCACACCCCACCAGAGUUCCCAUACAAAUCAGAGAAACAUUGAACGGAGGAAUAACACUUGCUGGGGUGACCGAGGCUGAUGUUAAGACAAAAGAUGAAAUGGCAUCGUAUCUCUCAAGUGGUUCAUUGUCACGCGCCACUGGGAGUACCAAUAUGAAUAGUCAAUCAAGUCGUUCACAUGCUAUCUUCACAAUCUCAAUGGAACAAAAGAAUGGUGACGACAUCUUAUGCGCCAAGCUCCAUUUGGUGGACCUAGCUGGUUCUGAACGAGUGAAACGAACUGGUGCCAAUGGCUUGCGUUUAAAAGAAGGAAUUCAUAUCAACAAGGGUUUAUUAGCUCUUGGAAAUGUAAUAAGUGCACUUGGAGAUGAAAAAAAGCGAAAAGAAGGAGGGCAUGUGCCAUAUCGUGAUAGCAAGUUAACGCGCCUACUUCAGGAUUCUCUGGGGGGAAACAGCAAAACUGUGAUGAUAGCAUGUGUUAGUCCAGCCGAUACAAAUGCUGAAGAGACAUUGAACACCUUAAAAUAUGCAAAUCGUGCUCGUAACAUUCAGAACAAGGCAAUUAUUAAUCGAGAUCCAGCGGCAGCUCAGAUGCAGACAAUGCGGAAUCAGAUUGAGCAAUUGCAAGCUGAGCUUCUAUUUUAUAGAGGUGAUACAAGUGGACCUAUCGAGGAGGUUCAGAUUCUUAAACACAAAAUAUCCUUACUUGAAGCAAGUAAUGCAGAGCUACAACAUGAGCUUAAAAGACGCCAGUUAACAUCUGAGAAUUUUGCCCAACGUGCUCUUGAGACCCAGGUUGAAAGGGACCAACUGCUUUUAAAAAUAGAAUCAAUUCGAAAUGGUAAAUCAUGCGAGGAGAUUGACUCAAAUUCGAAUGAGGAUUAUGCCCUACUGAAAUCUUAUGUUUCAAAGAUCCAAGAUCUGGAAGGAGAAUUGCUUCGAUUGAAAACUUCGAAUGCAACAAAUUCAAGUCAUUUUGUUGAUUGUUUUGAUUCUGAUGACGAUGGAUAUGGAUCAAAACAUGCUUUAUUCGCACCUGAUGAAAUGGAAGAUGAUGAAAAGGAGCUAGAACACUCGUCUAUUCAAGAAAAGUUAGAUAAAGAGCUCAAAGAAUUGGAUAGAAAACUUGAACAAAAGGAGGCUGAAAUGAAGCUGUACAGUAAUUCUGGUGCUUUAGUUCUCAGGCAUCAUUAUGAAAAGAAACUUCUAGAGAUGGAACAAGAGAAGAAAGUUUUGCAGAAAGAAAUUGAGGAACUCAAGUGCAAUCUUGCGGAUAUUUCAUCCACUUCUGAUGACGGUUCUCAAAUGUUGAAGCAGGAUUAUCUUCAAAAGUUGAAUGCUCUCGAGGCACAGGUAUCUGAGUUGAAAAGGAAGCAAGAAGCUCAAGCUCAAGUCCUGAAACAAAAACAGAAAAGUGAAGAGUUUGCAAAAGGACUUCAGGAUGAGAUCCACAGAAUUAAAGCACAAAAGGUUCAUCUUCAAAAUAAGAUUAAGCAGGAAUCAGAACAAUUUAGAUUAUGGAAAGCUUCACGCGAAAAAGAAGUUCUCCAGCUUAAGAAAGAGGGUAGAAGGAAUGAAUAUGAGAUGCAUAAGUUGUUAGCGUUGAACCAGAGACAAAAGAUGGUAUUGCAAAGGAAGACAGAAGAAGCUUCCUUGGCCACGAAAAGGCUGAAAGAACUUCUGGAAUCUCGAAAAGCUUCCGCACGUGAAACUAUUGGUGUUGGAGGUGGGAAUGGCGUUGGAGUUCAGGCUUUGAUGAAGGCAAUUGAGCAUGAGAUUGAGGUCAAUGUCCGAGUGCAUGAAGUUCGUUCAGAAUGUGAACGUCAAAAGGAAGUAAGGGCUAAAAUGGCUGAGGAGAUGAUGAGGUUAAAGGAAGAAGCACAAAUGGUGAAUCAAAAUAGUACAAGUAGUGAUUGUCCUACAACAAUGUCUCCUGGUGCAAGACAUUCUAGGAUUUUUGCCCUUCAAAACAUGCUUUCGACUUCUUCCGCAACUCUAGUGUCUAUGUUAUCCCAGUUGUCGGAGGCAGAAGAGCAAGAACGAGUUUUCAGUGGUAAAGGGCGUUGGAACCAAGUUCGGUCCCUUGCUGAUGCCAAGAAUUUGAUGAACUAUUUGUUCAAUAUUGCAUCUUCUUCCAGAUGUUCAUUACGAGAUAAAGAAGUGAUUUACAGAGAGAAGGAAACGGAAAUAAGAGAUUUAAAAGAAAAAGUAGUGUGGCUAAGCUACUCACUUCGACAAUCGGAAAAGAUAAAAGCUGAAUUGACUCACAAGUUAGAAUUGCAGAAUGAUGAAUCUUUGAACUCAGAAUACGUGGGAGAUUCAGAAUAUUCUGACUCGAAUGUUGGAGGUCAUAAGUAUGACUUGCGCAAUUCGGAAUACCGCCGGCCAUUGGAGGAUAUGGACAUAUCUGAGACAGAGUCAGAUUAUUAUGAUUUCACAGAUGACGAGUGGGAAGAAUCGGGAAACUUAAGAGUUAGGAAAAGGAAAUCUAAAACAAACAUGGAAAAUAAUGAAUCCAAUAUCAAGAAUUCAGAAGAUUUGGGAGAAAAUUCAAGAGAUUUAAUUGAUAGACCUUGGGAAAGUGCAUCAGAUAUUUGCUGCCCUUGUAGCAGAACCUCAUCAUGCAAGACGACAAGAUGCAUCUGCAAAGCAAUGGGCAGCAGUUGUGGGAGUUCUUGUGGUUGCCAAGUAAAUAAGUGUGCGAACAGAGCAUCGAUAUCAAAUGAAUCACGGGAAGGUCCAGCACAAUCUGCAAGUAUUGAAGAAACAGAUAAAGAUCGUCUUCUUGUUACUCAAGGUGCAGAGUUACUUCAGGGGGCACUGGUUGAUAGGCAUCCCGAGACAAACAAUGAUCAAGGGCACAGAAAACCUCUCUCUGACAUAGGAAAUACACAGAUGAAAUCAAAUGCGAAGAACGAUCAUCCGAAAAAGAAAAUGACGAAAUCCACCGUAAUUAUUGUUCCUUAUCUAGAAGCUUCUUCGCAGGCAGAGAAAUUGGAAGUCCAAGUCCCCAGGCUCAACCUUAAACACAAAAAAGAAAGUAAUAAUACGAGUGAAGGAAAUGUUGCAGUGAAUAAAGAUAAAGAUAAAGAGAGACCGCAUAGAAGGUCGAAAUCCAGGCCUGAAAACGCUGCCUCAGUCCCUAGGGCAGAGGGAAAUUUUGUGGAACCAGAUGUACCCGUCAACCCACGAAGGAAUGCCCGAAGUUCAUCGUCAUCAAAUACGAAUGGCGUCCCAUUGUGGGACAGGAAUGCUGCAAGUAAGUCAGAUGAACCUCAAGUUUUUGAAACAAGAACUCCAGUGCGAUACAAAAGAACACUAGACGAGAAAGAGAACAACAAUAGACGUUGAUCACAUUUCUUUCUUACGAUUUUCUUCCUUCAUGUUUAUAGGAAACAAACACUAGAUCUUCACGUUUAUAUCACUGUUUUGGCUCCACUUUUUUUGGUUCUUAUACUAUUUACUAUUUAAGCAUUCCAACGGCUAGAGAAACUAGGGGACCAUUUCUGGUGAGGUCAAAAUACGUUGACUUGAAAGCUUUUUGUAAAUAGAUUUUCAAAGCCUUUUCUGCUGAAUAGCCACAUUACUGUAAAUGUAUUAUUAUUAUCUGGUUGUCAGGACCACGAGACAUAAAAAAAGUUGUGAAUUUCUUUCUCUUCACUCGAAGAAUGGUUGUGCAUCUUCAUCAUAGUUUUACUUCCCGGCCCGUCAGCACGAAAUC